UGGGAGAGGAGCGGCGGUACUGGUCGGCCGACAGCGGAAUCCAGAUUCUAUCAGGCGUUUGGUCACAGAAUCAGCUACCUCCUUCCCCAUACUUCUGCCUGCUGUCACUCAUCAUGCCUCGGGGCCUGAAGAGUAAGCUUCGUGCCCGUGAAAAACGCCGCCAGGCUCGAGAAGAACCCAGUGGUCUGGUGGAAGCUCAGGCUGCUGCACCAGAGGAGGAAGAGUCUGCUUCUUCCCCUUCUGCUCAUUUCAAAGAUGUUCCCCAGAGCUCACCUACCACCGGAACACCUAGCAGUCUUCAAGUAUCUGCGAGAGUCCGCUCUGCCACCAUGACCGCUGCAGGUGUUUCAAACACAAGAUUUAAUGAAGGUGCCACCAAUCAAAGGGAAGAAAGAGCGAAUGCCAUACAGGCCCAAGAUGCCCUUGAGCACUGGCCCAAAGGCCCCAUAGACAAGAAGGUUGCUAUGUUAGUGCAUUACCUUCUGUAUAAGUAUCAAAUGAAAGAGCCCGUUACCAAGGCAGAUAUGCUGAGAAAUGUAAUCCAGAUGUAUAAGAAUCACUUCUAUGAGAUUCUUAGAAAAGCCUCUGAUCAUUUGGAGCUGGUUUUUGGCCUUGAUGUGAAGGAAGUGGAUCCCAACAGGAAUACUUAUGUCCUUGUCAACAAACUGGAAUUAAGCUAUGAUUCAAAGCUGAGUGAUGAUAGAGAGGUUCCCAAGACCGGUCUGCUGAUGACUGUUCUGGGUGUGAUCUUCACAAAGGGCAACCGUGCCACUGAAGAGCAAGUAUGGGAAGUGCUGAAUAUGAUGGGGUUAUAUGCUGGGAGGAAUAACUUCAUCUAUGGGGAGCCCAGGAAGCUCAUCACCAAAGAUUUGGUGCAGGAAAAUUACCUAGAGUACCGCCAGGUGCCUGAUAGUGAUCCUCCUCGCUAUGAGUUCCUGUGGGGUCCAAGAGCCCACGCCGAAACCAGCAAGAUGAAAGUUCUCGAGUUUGUGGCCAAGAUCCAUGAUACGGUCCCCACUGCUUUCCCCACCUGGUAUGAGGAGGCUCUGAGAGAUGAGGAAGAGAGAGCCCGAGCCAGAGCUGCAGCCAGGGCUCGCACUGCUGCCAUAGCCAGUGCACGCUCCAAGGCCAUAGCCAGCAGCUUUUCUGGCCCUAAGUGAAGGCUGAAGAAGAUUAUUUACUACAUGUUUGAAGAGAACAGCUAAUGUUCUCAUUAGUGGAAGGUUGGUGUAGGGCUGGAGAAAACAGAGUAUAUUAACCUAUUUGUGUUCCUGUUCUAUGUAGUAACUUGGACAAAUUUGUCUAAAUAUUGUUCCUUUUAAUAGAAAAUUUAACUUAAGAAUCUGAGUUUAUGAUGAUAUAAGUCACACAGUUAUUGAUGUUUUACGAGGCUUAGAAGUAAGAGUUUUACUGUAUAUAGAACAGAUUGGAAAAGUUUCCAUCUUAUUUAGUUAUUUGUAAUGUGAUGUCAUUAGAUUAUGAUUUCCUUUGAAAUGUGCAAAGAAAUCAACAAUAAAAUGGUUGGGAUCAAAAAUAGAGAAAAAAAGUAAAAGAUAAUAAAUUUUUA